AUGAACCCCGAUGGCCUUCUUACCAACCUCAACAACUCACAACACGCGGCAGUAUCCUCCUUCGCAGAUACGUUGGCCAUUCUUGCGGGUCCAGGAAGUGGAAAAACGCAUACUUUGACGUCGCGGACGGCCUGGUUGCUUGCGCAGGGACUCCAGCCAUGGAAUGUUGUUGUUGCGACCUUUACCGUCAAGGCGGCGCGGGAGAUGAAGGAGAGGAUUGGGAAGCUAAUUGGAAAUGGGAUGGAGUCCAAAUUGGUAUUGGGCACAUUUCACAGUAUCUCGCGGAGGUAUCUGGCUCGAUAUGGCCACUUGAUCGACAUUCGUAAGGACUUUGGGAUAGCGGACAGUGCAGACUCUCUGGCUAUCAUCAAGCGCAUUGUCAAACGAUUUGACUUCAGUAUUGAUCCUAAGGUUGCUCGAUCACGAAUUAGCGGAAGGAAGGCUCGCACAUCGGUCAUUGAGGAGGGUGAGAUCAGGAAGCCAGCCGCGAAAUCGGUGGAGGCAGAGGAGUUCGAGAGGUGCUAUGUCGAGUACGAAGAUGCUCUCAAGCGAUCAAAUCUCCUCGAUUACGACGACCUACUCCUUCGAUGCGUCGAUCUUCUUCGAAAACACCCAUCUUGUGUCUCCAACGUCGAAGCUGUGCUGAUUGAUGAGUUUCAAGACACGAAUCUUGUCCAGUUCGACCUCAUGCGGCUAUUUGCUGCGCACAAGAAACGAAUCACAAUUGUGGGCGACCCCGACCAGAGUAUAUAUGGCUUUCGUGCGGCAGAAAUAAAGAAUUACAAACGGAUGCUUCAUCAAUAUCCAGAUACGGUCACAAUUGCUUUGGAGGAGAAUUAUCGCUCGUCGGGUGCUAUCCUUUUAACUGCUUUGAAUGUUAUUGAGCAGGACAGUUCCAGAGUUGCAAAGUCUCUGCUUCCGACUCAUAUAGUCGGAACGAGGCCUGUCCUUCGGAAGCUUGCUGGAGCCCACAAGGAAGCAGAAUGGAUUGUGACCGAGAUACAGAGAACUAAGGGGCUUACGGGUGAUCUACUCGAUUUGAACGACUUUGCCAUAUUAUUACGCUCCGCGUCCCUGUCCAGGUUGAUCGAGACUGCUUUGGGCAAGGCCGGUAUAGCUUACCGCAUGGUCGGUGGUCUGCGAUUCUACGAUCGCGUGGAAAUAAAAACCAUUCUCGAUUAUCUCAGAGUUAUCAGCCAACCAGACAAUAAUGAUGCACUUGCUCGGAUCAUCAACACACCAUCAAGGAGGAUUGGCGAGUCCACAAUCAAGGGUUUAUUGGAAGAAGCUGAUCAAGCCAAGAUCACUCUCUGGUCUCUGGUACUUGGAAUCGUGCAAGGAAAGCUGACUGCGAAGACCAAACUCAAAAACCCAACUGAAAAAAAUCUCUCUAGCUUCGUGAACAUUAUCUUGACGGCAAGGGCCAAGAUGGGUGGGCCGGUGGAAGAAAGAAUGAGUACCGUCGAGCUGAUAAAUUUCGUCCUCAAGAAAACGGACUAUGAGGAGUGGCUACUUGAACACCAUGGAGAUGUUCACAAGUCCCGUUGGGAAAACGUUCAGGAACUCAUCACGCAAGCCACCGACUUCCAGGACGCCAUUUCUUUCGGGUACGAAGACGAGGCGCUUCCUGGAAUCGAUGGCUUGGGGCAGGAAGAAGAUUCAGAUCACUUGUCAAAAUUUCUUGCCAAUGUGGCACUUGCAUCGGAAGUCAAGAAGGACGAUGAGGAAGGAAGUACAACUGCCCAGGUAACAAUUUCCACAAUUCACGCUGCGAAGGGUCUAGAAUGGCCAGUGGUAUUUAUUCCGGCAACAUAUCAAGGCUCAAUCCCGCAUUCAAGAGCAGAGGAUACCAACGAAGAACGCAGGUUGCUAUAUGUCGCAAUGACAAGAGCGAAAGCACUGCUCUACAUGAGCUGUCCGCUCAAGAACUCUCAAGGAGAAGAAACCACGCUCUCUCCUUUUCUAACGCUGCCUUCACUGGCUCCACUUCUAGAUUCAAAAGGCCCUUCCUUAGGAUCCUCGACGGUGCAAUCAAUGGCCCAAAUACUCCGACGCAACCUUCCUACCACGGAAUCUAUAUCGGUAUCCUCAAUCUCACUGCCCAGCAUAGAAGAUGAUCUAUUCCCCAAGGAAGGAAAAGAGGAUGCCCAUGAAAAAGAGGUAAGGCUGAAUUCCAUCACUGGUGGAAAUCCAACCUUUACGAUGGGACAACAAGCUCCGAAACGUAGACGAGUCGAGUUGAGACGGUCAAUUAGCGAUUUAGAAGAAGGUACGGAAAGGAAUUGGAAACCUACCUAUGCUACAACGAUGGAUCGGGCGUCGAGUUUCACGGCCGCAGCUGUUGGUAUUGGGAUGAAAUCUGGAUUCGUGGGUGCAGGCUGCCAUCUUCAAGUGCUGAAGGAGCAAUCUGUCAAUAUGAGUCUGCAAGAUACGGAAGAUGUCGAAAUGCCUUCGAAGAAAAAAACGGCUGAGAAGAAGAGCAAGUCUCUAGAAGGCCAAGGGACACUACUUGGCUUUUUAGGGAAGCCGGAACCCGGGAAACCCAUCCCAAUAAAGAGCCAGGAACCGCAGCAUCCACCCUCGACGCAGUUCUCGAUUUCGCGAACCCUCAACCAGCCAAGGCCACCUGCUCUGUAUACAGCCACAACAACCAUCCACCCUUCCCUCUCAACGCACCGCCUGAACCGCAUAUCAACAAAUAUCCGACCCCGACAACCUCCUCCUUCACAAACGGAACAACAAAGCAAAAGAAACGACUAUGUCUUCCUUUCCAGCUCGCCUCCACGCCCUAAACAUCCCAUCGUUGAAGAGCCGGUCGAGCCCCCACCUGGAUUGGUGGCGAAACCUCCCUUGUUACCUCUUAUCCGUCCUCCGUCCGUCUCGAUGCAUGAGACGAGUAUUGAGCGCUUGAAAGCUGGAAACGGGGGAAGUGGAAUUGGAGGAAAGGGGAAAACGUUAGGUGUGAGGAGGAGCAUGAAUGGGUGGGCUGCGCGGAAGGGAGGAGGUAGUGGAGGGUUUGUACCGCCUGUUAUGAAACGGAAUGCAUGA